GUCUUGGCAGCUGUGGUCUAGGUUAGACGUCUCACGCAGAAGACGCGGAAAGCAAGGAGCUCCACAAUCCGCUCUGAUGGGGCCAGCGACUUCCUAGGCAUUUAACGUCUAUACAUGAGAAUAUGGCCAGUGGAGAUGACGAUCUGAUUGGCAUUCCGUUCCCGAACCACAGCAGCGACGUUCUUUGCGGACUCAACGAGCAAAGACACGAUGGUCUGCUCUGCGAUGUUAUCCUCAUUGUGCAGGACCAGGAAUACAGGACUCACAAAUCCGUACUGGCCGCCUGCAGCAAAUAUUUCAAAAAGCUUUUCACCGCCGGCUCGUUAGUGGAGCAGCCUUACAUUUACGAGAUUGACUUUGUCAAGCCCGACGCGUUCUCCGCCAUACUGGAAUUUGCCUACACGUCGACUCUCACCAUAACGACGUCCAACGUGAAGCACAUCCUGGAUGCAGCGGAGAUGCUGGAGAUCCAGUGUAUUAUUAAUGUAUGCCUCGAGAUCCUGGAGACACCUCGAGACGGAGAAGACGAUGACAAAGAGGAGGAGGAGGAGGACGAUGAUGAUGACGGAGACGAUGAAGCAAAAGAUUUCAUGACCCAGGAAAACCAAAUGAACAUUCAGGAAAGCAGCUGCCACCAAAGUCCUACUAAUUCAGAUCAUGCAGAAGACUCCUACCACGAAACACGAAAGGACUUUUCAACUCAUUGCUCAACCACCUCCCAUUCUUCUGGCCACCAAAGCGCCAUAAAGGAUUUCUCAAUAGAGUCGUUACUAAGCGAAAACCUGUAUCCCAAAAAUAACGUCGCUGACCGGAGGCCGGCCAUUUCACAUUUUAUACCCGGUUAUUUUCCCCAUCUUUGGAACGGAGACCUGGGGGCUUUCUCCCAACUCAAAGACCAGCAAGCGGACAAUGUCCCCCUAGACCUUGUGAUAAAGAACAGGAAAAUUAAGGUGGAGGAACACGAUGACUUAGCAGCCAUCCCCUUCCCCAACGACUUUUUCAAGGAAACAUUUCUCAACCAUUCACCCGAUCACUUUGGACCCAUUAAGGCAGAGAUGGACUACAGCGCUUAUCUCAGCUUUCUUAGCGCGGCUCACUUGGGUAUGUUUCCUCCAUGGCCUUUGGAAGAAGAGCGAAAGAUCAAACCAAAGGCUUCUCAACAAUGUCCCAUCUGCCAUAAAGUGAUCAUGGGGGCCGGGAAACUUCCAAGACACAUGAGGACUCAUACGGGAGAAAAGCCAUACAUGUGUAACAUCUGCGAGGUCCGAUUCACCAGGCAGGACAAGCUGAAGAUUCACAUGCGGAAGCACACCGGAGAGAGGCCCUAUCUCUGCAUCCACUGCAACGCCAAAUUCGUGCACAACUACGAUCUGAAGAACCACAUGCGCAUCCACACGGGGGUCCGGCCGUACCAGUGCGAGUUCUGUUACAAGAGCUUCACGCGGAGCGAUCACCUCCACCGCCAUAUCAAGAGACAGAGCUGCCGGGUUUCUCGGCCCAGGAGAGGCAGAAAGCCGGCGGCUUGGAGGACGGCCAGCCUGCUCUUUGCCCACAACGGCCGCCAAGAAGAGGACAAUUUCUCCAUGAUGGCGGACAGAGGCGGCCAUCAUUCCGGCGGAGCCGUGUACCUCCCGGGUCCCGGCCGUAACCAUUUUAUCGACGAGCCCCGAAACAUCAUUAACCUGCAAGACUUGGAAAAGCGUUUUGAGGGGUCCCAGAUCAAGCUGCUGGCCGGGGGGGACCUGGAGCCAGCGAGGAGCAGGGGCCACUUUAAUUUUGGCUUGGCCCAGACCGACGCCGUCGCCCCAAGUCCGUUCUACACUGGAUCAGACUCGUGGAGCGUUACUUUAAAUCAGACGUCGAUUGCAGAGGCGGCCGAUUAAACGACUCGUUUCAUGAGAAUUUUCUUUUUUUUUGUGGAUUUGCUUUUUUAUGUAAAAUCUAAACAAAAACCAAUAUAUAUAUACAUUGUAACUUCCGGUUGCAGAUUCAUUCCAAAGAAAUUAUUGUCAUGUCUGUAGUUAAACCCAAAUAAGCAUGUAUGACUUCGGUGAUAAUUUAUGCUCUAAUUGGGGAGGACCUGGGGUUGUAGUUUAGACGCUCCGGAACACGGCGUUUAUUUUGGACAAUAGGCUUUUGUUAAGCUUCUGCGCAUGUAUGUUACGAACCACACGCUGUACCACAUGGAUCCCCUUCCGUGUUCAUGCGCAGGCAACACACG